CGCAAGGCCAAAGUCGGCCUAUGGGCAGAGCAGCCAUGUUAGGAGCAAGUCGUACAACCAGGGAUCGCGCCCUGCGACAUCGAUGAUGAACCGCGGCGACGAUGACGACAGUGAGCUAGCAGAGCGCAAAGAUUUUUACAAUGAGCGAAUGGAGGCUAUGGAACGCGACUUCCGCUCCUUCAAGGAGAAGAUGGAGACGGAUGUGCGCCAGGCCACUGACUACAAGGAGACGAUCCAGCAGCUCCAAAGCCGCGUCACCGAACUCGAGACUAUCCGCGCGAGACUAGAGAUUGUCAACAAGGGCCUAGAGUCGGAACUCGACGACACCCGGAGCAGUCUCAAGUCGGUCAAGAUGGAACUGGAAAUGGCCCAGCAGAAGCACACGUUCGAGGUUGACGACGUACGGCGGAGGCUGCGCAACGAAGUCGAAGACUUGGAAUCACGGCAUCGAAAAGACACAGACCGGUUAGAGAGAGAACGAGACGAGGUAGAGAGGAAGACACGCAGCGAGUUCGAGGCACGAAUCGACAAGUUGCUAAGGGAGCACGAAGAGGAGAUUGCAGUAUUGCGAAGGAAGCUCGACUCCGACUCCGAGGCUGAGCGCGCCAGGCGCGCACAAGAGGCCCAAAGGAUUGAGGAGGAGUACGCUUCCAAGCUCAGGGCUGCUGCUCUGGAUGCCGACGCCAGGCAACGUGAGGCACAGCUCGUGCAGGGCGAGCUCACCAACGUCAAGUCCGAACUCGACCGAGAGAGAAUACUUAAGAAUGGCCUCCACAACCAACUCACAGAGGCGACAACACACAACCUCACCCUGGAGGCAGCCAACAAGGCCAUGAAGGAGAAGAUUGACUUUCUCGAGUCCGACAGUCAGGCGCAGUCGCAAGCCUUCAACGACCUUCACAAGCGAAUGCAGGAUGCUAUUGAAGCUGCAGAACAAGCACACGGAAAGCUGCGUCAAGAAGAGACCCUGCGCCGCAAACUGUUCAACCAGGUCCAGGAGCUCAAAGGCAACAUUCGUGUCAUGUGUCGUGUACGGCCAGCACAUGCCACCGAGAAGGACCCAGCGCAAAUCUCAUUUCCCGACAGGGACACCGACAGCAAGGAGGUAUCUAUUCUUGGACCAAGCAAGCAAAGCGCAACUGGCAAGGAUAUCACUGCCGCAUAUUCGUACUCGUUUGACCGUGUGUUUGGUCCGUCUUCUCAGAACGGAGAAGUUUUUGAAGAGAUUAGCCAGCUUGUGCAGAGCGCCCUGGAUGGAUACAAUGUGUGCAUCUUCUGCUACGGUCAGACGGGAGCCGGAAAGACGCAUACCAUGUCCUCGGCCGACGGUAUGAUUCCGCGUGCCACCGCCCAGAUUUGGGACGAAGCGCAGCGGCUGCAAGAAAAGGGCUGGCGGUAUACCAUGGAGGGCUCGUUUAUUGAAGUCUACAACGAGACGUACAAUGAUUUGCUCGGUCGGUCAGAAGACCUUGAUAAGAAGAAGGUCGAAGUGCGACACGACCCAGCCAAGAAGCAAACUAACUUGGACAAUGCCGUUAGUGUUAUGCUGGAUGGUCCUGGCCGGGUUGAGGAGAUACUUGAAACUGCAAGCAAGAACAGAACCGUGGCCGCUACAAAGGCCAACAUGCGAUCCAGUCGAAGUCACUCUGUCUUCAUUCUGAAGCUCGUUGGCACCAACGACAUUACGGGUGAGAGGAGUGAGGGAACGCUCAACCUAGUCGAUCUUGCGGGAUCUGAGAGGUUGGAGCAUUCUAAGGCCGAGGGUGCGCGCUUGAAGGAGACGCAAAACAUUAACAAGAGUCUGAGCUGUCUGGGAGAUGUCAUCAAUGCUCUUGGAUCGGCCAAGGAGGGCGGCCACAUUCCGUACAGAAACUCCAAGCUUACCUAUCUGCUCCAAUACUCGCUGGGCGGAAACUCGAAGACACUCAUGUUUGUCAUGGUCAGCCCACUGCAAGCCCAUUUGCAAGAGACUAUUACCAGUCUCAAGUUUGCAACAAAGGUGCACAACACACAUAUUGGUACUGCCAAGAAGCAGACCAAGACUGCGUGAGCUAUAUUGUCGCAUUUCGAAUGUCUGUUUAGGCGUCAGGGUUUGGCAGGGCAUGUAGUGGGUUAUCUGGGCAGGGUAUGAGGCAGUUUGGGUUGGGUUUUCAUUUCUUCUUUGGGUACUUAUUAGCUCGACAAGUAACGAGCGGCCUUUGAAGUGUUCGGGGUCGUGUUUUCGGCUUUGCCGCUUGGAGUAUAUAGGCGUUGGCAUGGGCAGUCCG